AUGGCGCGAGCUUCGCGACUCCUUUCGCUUCUCAUUCUUGCUGCAUUUGCAGCUCCGCAGUUGCUGGACUUCGUUUGUGGAAGCGUUGUGUCAAGUCGCGAGCCUGUGGUCUCACGCUCCGCGGAGGUAGCGGGUCGACCACCUCAGAAGCCCUUCUUCAAGAAGCGACCUCCGGGAACCAACCCGCCAAAGCCUCCAAAGGCCUCGCAGUUCAGCAUGCUUGACGUGAUCUACAUUCGGAAGUAUCUGGCCAAAGACCAGAAGGAGCUGCAGAAGGCUUUGACCUUGUUCUCCAACAUGGACCCUUACAUGAAAGGCCGCAUUCCAGCCUUUCUUGAGAAGACGAGCCUCCUGAACAUGAAGGUCCCGCUCUGA